CUGACUACACAGGUGAAGGUAAACUUCAGUGGAUGUAGAGCCUGUUUUAUGGCGAUUUACGGAGCAUAUCAUACCUUGUGUUCAUAAAAUAAGAAUUUUUAAAUAAGAAAUGUGUUUGGCAAUUUUCAAAGAGCUACGUAUAUCAUUUAUUGUGUGCAGUAUUGUAAAACUUGACUGACUUAAAUGUAAAGGACACUGAAACUUACAAUACUUUCUCUUUGAUUCAUUGACAGACAGUCGACACCAUUUAAAUCAGGAAUGAGACAAAAAGAAGAAAAAGAGUUUCAUCAGGACUCUAGCUGGAGUUGGGUUGUUGCCAUGGCAGCAUUUGUUGCUCACUUAAUUACUCACGGUAUUGUCUACUCAUUUGGAAUUCUCUUUCUGACAUUAGAAGACAAUUUCAAUGGAACUAAAGCAGAACUUUCUUGGAUUCCGUCGCUCACAACAGGCACCUUGUACUUAAUUGGUCCAGUAGCAAGUAUAAUGAUCAAUCGGUAUGGUUGUCGGGCGGUUUCAGUUGUGGGUUCGAUACUUGGUUUUCUGGGAUAUUUAGCUAGUAUAUUCGUCCGGCAUCUAUAUAUGUUGUACAUAACAAUGGGAAUUGUUGCAGGUUGUGGGUUUGGUAUGGUAUUUCUACCAGCAAUAUUGAUAGUUACAAAGUAUUUCAACAAAUACAGAUCAUUGGCAUGUGGACUUGCGUUAUCUGGAGCAGGAGGCGGUGCCUUCAUUCUUAGUCCACUUAUAGAUUACCUAAUAGACACGUAUGCCUGGAAGGGGACGCUACUGUUGCUGUCAGCAAUCAUUCUCAACUGUAUACCAUGUGCACUGAUUUUCCGGUCACUUCCAACAACGAAGACAAUUUCCAGAAUGGAAUCCUUGAUAGAUGAUCAAACUGAUCAGUUACGGGAAGAAAAGUAUUCUUUGGUACAAUCCGAUAAAGAAAGGAACUAUAAUGAUAUGCAUUUAGACUAUGCAGAAUGUCAAACUGUGAAUGAUAAACUUGACGAAAAAACUGAUACAAAUAAGCAUCUAAGUGGCCGCGGUUCUAGAAGUGAAGAAGACUCACCUUCUGACCCAGUCAUCAUAGAAAUAGUACACGAGGAUGCUAUAAAAGGGAAGGUUAUCGAAAUUGUAAACAGUUCAAAUAACUAUGAUAAGACAAGAAAACUUCCCGAAUCAGCCUUUACGAGAUAUAUAACACUAUUUAAAUGUUCAGAGGUGUCUGCAUUUUACGUGUCUCAGUUUCUGUUCUUUGCUGGGUUCUAUCUACCUUUUAUCUAUAUUCCGGAUAAAGCCCGAGGACACGAUAUACAAGAAGAAGAUGCAGCAUGGGUCGCCUCUACUAUUGGGAUAUCGAGUAUUACUGGACGUAUUGUGUUGGGGUAUCUCGCUGAUAGACCUUUUGUCAAUAGAAUGAUAAUGUUCAAGGCGGCCCUCUUGAUGACAGGAAUAAGUACUUCUCUCCUGCCUCUCUUUAACACACUUUGGUUGUUGUUGAUAUAUGCUGUUGUAUAUGGUGUUUCUACAGGUAUAACAUUAUCGCUGACGUCAGUAGUAUUAGCUGAUAUUGCCGGCAUUGAUCUAUUAGCUGACGCUAUGGGUUUAAACAAUCUGUUCAGUGCAUUUGGGUCGCUUUUAGGGCCACCAUUGGCAGGUUUUCUUUACGACAUUACAAAGAAUUACACAGCCUCGUUUCUGGCUUCAGGUAUAACAAUGACCGUUUCCGGUUUGCUGCUGAUUGUAACGUCAUUCUGUCGGAAAAAAAACAUAGAUCAAUAUUAAACUAUAUUUUAUAUUCAACCGUCAGCUGCUUUGCAAUAAACAUCAGGCUAUAUUAUUUUUUUUAAUAAACGUAUAAUAGAGCCGAUGCGGCAAUGCUGAUUUCUUUAUUGUUGGAUGAAACGUACUGUGGCUUUAUUGCAGGAUAAAACAUACUGUGGUUUUAUUGCUUGAUUAAACAUACAAAAAUGUUGCUGAGGUUUUAUUUGUAAUUUUCAUGUUACCUUUAUAACCUAGCACCAAAUAAAAUAAAUUGCAUGGAUUUUGUAACCAUAAUUUUUGACAUAAAAUAAAAAUAAAAACAUU